AACGCCACCAGUGAUGAGGAGUUCCAGAACUCAUUACAGGAGACAUUGAAGACCAUAUCGGAAAAGGCGCAGACAGUGGUCGGUCAGGACAACAACCUCUCAGAGGAAGAGUUGGCAAAAAUCUGGUCCAAUCUGGGGAUUGGCGGCGAAGAGGAGGCGGACGGUGGAAGUGGUUUUGCGAAUCUGAUGCCAUUGAUGACAAAUAUGAUGCAAAACCUAUUGUCCAAAGAGCUCCUAUACCCGGCGCUUUCAGAAUUGGCCGAAAAGUAUCCGGUUUACUUGAAUGAGAACAAAGACAGUCUGUCGGCCGAAGACCUAAAGCGAUACACAAAACAGAUGGAACUGAUGAAAGAGGUGUGCAAUGAGUUCGACGCCGAACUGCCCGAAGACACGGAAGCGGUGAAGAAGGAGCGCUUCCAACGGAUACUAUCGGUGAUGCAAUCGAUG